GACGAGUUAGGGUUAGGCCUUUACUACGAUAUUGCCGACGACCCAGUUAUGAAUGAGACCAACACACUCUACUACUAUAGGGACGAAGAUGUAAUUACAUACAGAUGUUCAGAUGGGUACGAAGGUCCCCAAAACCGCACAUCAUCCGAUGACGGCACGAGCACAUGUAUCGACGGGUCGUGGGACCCACCUGGAAUCCCAACAUGCAUGGAUAUCGAUGAGUGCUCUGAUAGUCCUUGUCUGAACAACGGAAACUGUACUGACCUGAUCAAUGGAUACCAAUGCCAAUGUGCUGACGGAUUUAACGGGACUAACUGUGGCAAUAAUAUUGACGACUGUGCAAGUCAUGAGUGCGAAAAUGGAGCAACAUGCGUGGACGAUAUUGCUUCAUACGAAUGCCAAUGCCCUGACGGGUUUAAUGGAAUUUAUUGUGAAAAUGGAAUGAUGACAACGAUGGAACUACCGACUUCGAUGGAGACGACCACGAUUGCGGAUCAGUCGACAAUAGCGUUAACGACUACGAAGGCUUCUACAACAGAAGGGUUGCCGACUUCGCUUCCUAAUUCUACACCACCUUCAACACCGAUGACACCCACCGAUUCUUCGACGACAUCGGUAGUAACGCCUGGCUUGGCAACCGUCACUUCUGAUGCGACGAGUCUUACGCCUGGCUUGACAACUGUCAAUCCCGACACGACGAGUCUUACGCCUGGCUUGACAACUGUCACUCCCGACACGACGAGUAUUACGCCUGGCUUGACAACUGUCACUCCCGACACGACGAGUAUUACGCCUGGCGUGACGACUGUCACUCUCGACGCGACGAGUAUUACGCCUGGCUUGACAACUGCCACUCCCGACGCGACGACUGCAACUCCCGACGCGACGAGUAUUACGCCUGGCUUGACAACUGUCGCUACCGAUUCGACGACUGUCACUCCUGCGAUUUCAACAGAGACGGCAACUCCGACGGUUCCGGAGUCGACUACAAAGUCGGAUUCCACAACAUCGUCGAACCCUACCUCAUUGUUACCAGAGACAACAGAAACCGUAUCUGUUCGAUCGACAUCGCCUGCUGAUCCCACUGAACCUUCACCGACGGAAUCACAGGAGACGACUGCGAUUUCAACAGAGACGGCAACUCCGACGGUUCCGGAGUCGACUACAAAGUCGGAUUCCAUAACAUCGUCGAACCCUUCCUCAUUGUUACCAGAGACAACAGAAACCGUAUCUGUUCAAUCGACAUCGCCUGCUGAUCCCACUGAACCUUCACCGACGGAAUCACAGGAGACGACUGCAUCGCGAAAGACUAGCCCUAGGACACCCGAGAGGACAGAAAAACCGCCUACUACUCCAUUGCCGUGCGGAGGGGGAUGUGUAGCAACCCAGGUGUGUAAUGCAGAGAACAACUGCGAAUGCAGACCAGACUACUACGAAAAUGAAGAUGCAGAGGACUCAGAAAACCCGUGCAAAGAGCCCGAGAGUAUUGAUGUGACCAUAAAAAUCACUAAAGUCAACGGCACAAACGCAGAAUACAACGUACAAUUGGAAGAUCCAACAAGUAAAGAAUUUAAAACGCUUGAACGUGAAGUUUGUGAACCGUUUGAAGAAAUAUACAAAAAUGAUACGGAGUACAAAGGCUGUCGUGUACUUGAAUUCAGUAACGGCAGCAUAAUUGUAAACUACGCAUUGACGUUUGCUGAAAACUCAACUCAAAAUGCCUCGACUGUCAAUACAAGAGUGCAGGAAGAAUUUCAGAAUCCGAAUGGUUCGUUUACUGGAGACUAUGAGUUUGAUGAUUCGUCCCUCGUUGUUGCACCUUUGGACGAAUGCAGAAAAAAGAUUGACACUUGCGACCAGAAUGCAAACUGCACAGACCAAGGAGAGGGUGGAUACAUCUGUGAGUGCCGUGAAGGAUUUGAUGAUGUCGGAAUUCCCAAUUCAUUGCCAGGCCGAGAAUGCAUGAAGCGUGUAACGACCGAGGCCCUACCCACUGAUCCCCGAACUACUAAGGAGCCAGAGGAAACAGGCUUAGAGCCUUGGAAGGUGGUGGUUGGUGUAACGGUGCCCAUCAUAAGUAUUCUUACAAUCACCAUCGUGGGGUUGACGUGUUGGCAGUACCGACGUCAAAACCGGACGUCACCGAAGUCGGCGCCGACCAAGAUGAGGACGUUUCCGUAUGACGACGACACAAGAGGUUCGUCGGAUCGUCGAACCAGCAGACCUGAUAGCAUGAUGAUCAUGAAUAACGAUGGCACGGUGCAGGAGGUGGUUCUACCUUGGCGCAAUAUCCCUGCAGAGGAAGAGUUCAUCUUCGCGCCGGACAACGGCAAGGGACGCAUGCAAAUGCUCCCCAUGGUCGACUACCCCAGCGACUACGACGGGUCGACAUCGUACGGCAACGACCCGCUUGGAAACAUCGUCGGUUCAUAUGACAACUAUACCUACCAACAUCAAGAUAUGACAAAUUCCACUGAAAUAGAUUCCAAAUACUUUUGAACGCUUUGUUAU